AUGUCGGGAACCACAUACAAGUUCGAGGGGUGGCUGGCCCAUGACGCCUCGGCAGCCGAGGGGAAAAUGACGUGGGGCGAGUUCGAGCCCAAGCCGUGGGAGGAGACAGACAUCGACAUCAAGGUCACACACUGCGGCAUCUGCGGCAGUGACUUGCACACGUUGCGCAGCGGAUGGGGGCCGACCAUCUACCCGUGCUGCGUGGGCCACGAGAUCGUCGGCAUCGCGGUGCGCGUCGGCUCGCAGGCGGUCGGGGAGAUCAAGGUGGGCGACCGGGUGGGCGUAGGGGCGCAGAGCGACUCGUGCCAGAACCGCACCGGCACCAAGUGCGCGGCGUGCGCGGCGGGCAUGGAGAACUACUGCCAGGUCAAGCACGUGGGCACGUACAACGGCAGGUACAUGAAUGGCGGCAAAUCCUACGGCGGUUACGCGACGUACAACCGCGCGCCGUCGCGCUUCGUCGUCAAGAUCCCCGACGCCAUCGCGUCAGCCGAGGCCGCGCCCAUGCUGUGCGGCGGCAUCACCACGUACACGCCGCUCAAGCACUACGGCGCCGGGCCCGGCAAGGCCGUCGGCAUCAUCGGCCUGGGCGGGCUCGGCCACUUCGGCGUCAUGUGGGCGAGCGCGUUGGGCGCCGACAAGGUGGUGGUGGUGUCGCGGUCGCGCGGCAAGGCGGCCGACGCGGCCAAGAUGGGCGCCACCGACUUCAUCGCGACGGGCGAGGACGAAGGGUGGGCCAAGAAGCAUGCGGCCACGCUCGACAUCAUCAUCUGCACCGUGUCGUCGGCCGACAUGCCGCUGCAGGAGUACAUGAGCCUGCUGCGCUUCGACGGCACGUUUGUGCAGGUCGGCGCCCCCGAAGACGGCCUGCCCGGCUUCCUGCCGUGGGACAUACUCUACCGCCGCCUCAAGCUCACCGGGUCCAUGAUCGGCUCGCCCAACGGCAUCCGCGAGAUGCUGCAGCUGGCGGCCGAGAAGAACGUCAAGCCUUGGGUCACCGAGGUGCCCAUGAAAGACGCCAACAAGGCCAUCCUCGAGAUGGAGGCAGGCGUGCCCAGGUACCGCUACACGCUGGUCAACGAGGAGCAGCCCACCCGGGCGGGCUUGUAG